GACAUGAAAACAGGGGAAGAGUGAGUUCAGAGGGUCAUCGAUGUUCGCUACGAGGAACCUCCGCAGACACUGCUUCAAUUCCAUCUCGUCUCUCCUCCAAUCCAAUCACUCCAAGAAUGUCUCGGUUUUAAGAGAUGUUGGUCCCAAGCUGAUCUCGAGCAAUGUGGUUCGGCCUAGUAGAGGUAGUGAAGAUUGUAUUUCUUCUGCAUCUUCACCUUUACAUCCUUCGGAUGGGUGGUCACGGCAAAUGUCCACAUAUAGGGGGUCAUCGUCAUCUAGAGGAUCGACAUCUACAGGGAGGGGCAUGAGAAGUAAAGUAGCAAGAAGGGUGGAAAAGGAGACAGGAAGAACUCAAAAGGAGGUUCGGAGGGCGAAUAAGAUUCGAAAAAAGCUGAUGACUGAAAAUGAGAGGCGUAUUUACAACCUCAAAAGGGCCAAGAGAAAAGUAGCAUUGCUACUACAGAAGCUAAAGAAAUAUGAGCUUCCAGAUCUGCCAGCUCCACGUCAUGAUCCGGAGCUAUUUACCCUAGAGCAGCUUCAAGCAUUUAAGAAGAUUGGUUUCAGAAACAAAAACUACGUUCCUGUUGGUGUUCGUGGGGUAUUUGGAGGAGUUGUCCAGAAUAUGCACAUGCACUGGAAAUUUCACGAGACUGUACAAGUUUGUUGUGAUAAUUUCCCCAAGGAGAAAAUCAAGGAAAUGGCAACAAUGCUUGCAAGGCUGAGUGGUGGUAUUGUGAUAAAUAUACAUAAUACAAAAACAAUCAUCAUGUUUCGUGGAAGAAAUUACCGUCAGCCUAAAAAUUUGAUACCUUUUAAUACCCUUACGAAAAGGAAGGCAUUAUUCAAGGCCAGAUUUGAACAAGCUCUUGAGUCACAGAAGCUAAACAUUAAGAAGAUAGAACAGGAACUACGCCGAAGUGGUGUUAAUCCUGAGGAUCCAGUUGCCAUGGCCAGUAUCCAGAGAGUUGCCUCUUCAUUCUUCAAUGCAAUUGAUCAGAAAGACGGGACUCCUUAUGUAUUCCAUGGGGAUAAGCUGUCACUAGCAGAGACUGAAGACAAAUUGAGACAUUUAGAACCUCCUGAUAAAAACGAGCAGGAGGAGUUAGACAAGUUCAUCUCAGAGAUUGAAGAUGCAGCUGAACGUGAGUGGGCUGCUGAGGAAGCAGCAGAGAAAGAAGAGUUUGUUAGAUUAAGGUAUUGGAACAAAGAAGAAUUUGGGGGAAGAUACAGAAGAUCUGAAGCAUUUGAAGGUGACAACUCUGAUGAUGAGCCAAAACAGACAAGGGAGCGGAGGGAUACACGUGGCCAGCAGAUGCCUGUUGAUAGUGAUCGUGAAGAUGACGAGGAGGAUUCGGAUUGUAAUAGUAUUGCACAUACUAGUGUUUUUGACAGUGAUGCUGAUGAUUCGGAUGGAUUGCAAGAGAAUUUCAAGCCGUCUACAGUGAGCAGGGUAAAGCAAUAUCAGAUUGGGAGGGGGGGAAAUGAGCAACACUUUAAGAAAAGUGUUAAAGCUAAUAAUAGAAAGAUCAUGGAAGAUGAAGGUACUGAAUCAGAAAACACAUUCAGUGAUCUUGAAAAUGCAAUGUGGCACUCUGAUGAUGCGGAGGAGCAGGCAUUAUCACCAUCAAGAGCUGUGAAAAAUGAGUACCUAAGUAGCAGUGAUGACGAAGAGGACUUGAAGUUAAAUUACGUGAAGCUAGCAAAGAAGCAACAGGUAGAUAAUGCUGAUGAUUCUGAUGAAUCUCAUGAUGAAUUCAAGGUAUCAAGUGGUGCAAAGGGGAAGCAUGAUAGUGGAUAUUUAAAAGGAGAAAUUGAUUUUAACAAUAGAAGAAAGUUGGUUGAAGAGGACUUGGAGUCGGGCGAUCUUUUUAGUGAUGAUGAAACUGCAAUGUGGGAAGCACAGGCAGUGAAAAAUUCACGGGCAUCAACUUUAGGAAGAUAUAACUACAAGAGCAGUGAUGAAGAGGAUUAUCCAGCAGAGAGAGAAGAGCAAAGGAAAGGGGAUGAUGUCAAGCGGACAAGAACAUCAAAAAAGUUGGAUGAGAUUUGGGACAGUGAUUAGAUCAGCGAUUCUAGCUAGGGCUGCAUUUGAGGCUCAAAGCUUCGAACAUGGAAAGAUCAUUCUGUGUGCAUACUAUCCCAAAUUUUCUUGUUUUUUUUAAUUAAUUACAACUACAAUUACAGAAGUGUUACAUGAGAAUGAUGAAAUGUACGUUAUUCC